CAGCUGUUUGCAAUGCCGACAACAACAACCACGCCAUGUCGAACUUGGAUUGGGUGUGCGUACCGAGAUGCUACGAGGUGCGGAAGAAUCAUCUGUCUGGCCAUGUCACGCUGGAGCAUCCGCUGAAGCAGCAAUCGGUGACGGUGGUGGACAGCAAUCCUUUAAGCCGGGCUCUGGAAGGCACUGAUCCCCUGUCGCAGUUUGCCCGCCAAGAUGAGGAGCUGAACGAUCCCCUCAGCCCUCAGAAGGUUAGCGAAUUUGAUCUGAAGUCAAAGCGUCGCGAGCGUGACCGAACGGAGCCAGAGGACAAUACUCUACAAUGGAGCAGUCGUCGUCUGGGGAUCCUCAAUCGAUUUACUACCAACGAGAAGUUGUCGCUCUCCACCAGCUUCCUGGUAGCGUCCGGUAGCCUGGACGGCGGCAGUGAAAGCAUCAAGGCACACACAGUGGUGGCAGACAAGACGAAGUAUCGUCUGGAGCAGCUGGAUCACUUUGACGACGGCAGCAUGCGUCACAUGAUGGAUCUAACGCAGCAGGAGUAUAUUCAACGGUUCGACCAGCUCAAGCAGGAGCUCAUCCAGUCCUGGCACAACGAUCAGCGGGUAAAGGCCCUCAAGAUAGCCAUUCAGUGUGCCAAGAUGCUGGCGGAUACAACAGUGCUGCAGUUCUAUCCGAGUCAGUAUGUUUUGAUUACGGACAUCCUGGAUGUGUUUGGCAAGCUUGUGUACGAUCGGUUGCGUUCGAAGGCUUCUGGUGAUCCGGUAUCAGUGUCCGCGGCCACACUGGAGCGGGAACGCGAGGCUGCUCGAGAUACGUGUCAGAAUUGGUUUUACAAGAUCGCCUCAAUUAGAGAGCUGCUACCGCGUCUGUACUUGGAGAUGUCGAUAUUCAAGUGCUACGAGUUCCUGUCAUCCUCUCGAGAUGAGUAUGAAAAGAUAUUAAAUCGUUUGACGCAUCAGCUGAGGGGAAUCGCAGAUCCUCUAGUGUCCAGCUAUGCUCGCUGCUACCUGGUGCGCAUGGGCGUGACUCUUACGCCCAGUAAAACCUACAUCAGAGAGAACUUCAAGGACCUAUUCAUCAUAUAUCCCCAGAUCUUUCGCUUUGUGGCCCGCUUCAAUCUGCAUCCCGAGAUCGUUACCGCCAGCUCCUACCUACAGUUAUAUGCGCCAGCCUUUGACUACAUGUUCCUGUGCCUGGUUCACAGGUGUGAGCUCCACACGCAGGAUAUGCUGUCUGAGUGCAAGCAGCUAAAGAACAACGGUGCCAUUCUGAUGUCGAUCCUGAGCUCAUUCAAGUCAGAGUUUAUUGCAACGAAUGCUUUAGAGUUUAUAGAGCUUAUUAACACAUCGGAGACGCCUGGCAUAUCCAAGUCCCAGUUGCUACGUUCCCUUGGCAGCUGCGUCAGCAGUUGUGCACCCCUGCAGGAGCAACGGAUGACGUUUUUAAAAACUGCCUUUGAAACGAUCAACAAACUGACAGAUCCCAAUGAGUACAUUAACUGUGUGGAGACGUGGGCAGUCUUCGUAUCGCAGUACUUUACGAUACAUGAGGUUAAUCGACUUCUGGGCGAACUAAAUGCUCGGAUGUGCCUGGGCAAGGCUUAUGAAAAGCACUAUUCCCAGUUGCAAAAUAUUCUUACCAGAAUAAUGCAGAACUACCGAAGCAUUGAGCUACUGCUGAUACAGCCGAACUUUCUGCCCUACCUGGAUCUUUUCCAAAAGGAAUCGGUGCGCGUCGAAGUCUGCAAGAACAUUCUUAGUUACUACAAACAGAACAGUGAGGAGUACACCAGCGAUGCUGUGGUCACGAAUGCCUUAAUGUAUCUCGGCAAGAUCCUGAAUGACUCCGUAAAUGCUCUUACUGUGGAGGACGAGCGACGUCAGAUCUCACAGCUCAUCAAUGUGUUCAUCCAUAAGGUGUACUUUGGAAGGGACUUGGAGCAGCAACUCAGCUUUUAUGUGGAGGCUCGCGGAACGUUCAGUAAUCUGGAUGCGGUCUAUGUUACUCUGGUCCAUGCUGCCUGCAAACUGGCCACACGGAAUCGAUCCAAGUCAACUGGUUUCGUCAAGGCCUGCAUCGCCUAUUGCUUCAUCACCAUUCCCAGCAUCGGGGCUGUCCAGCAGCAAAUGGAUUUGUAUUUGCUUUGCGGACAACUGGCCUUACAGCAUCUCUGCCUGGGGCAGGCCGAUGCUUGCUUUGAGGCUGCCUUAAACUUGGUCAACGAGCUGCCCGCGGCAACCGUGGAUUUUGAGGGGAAGCCACGUAGCCUGGAACGUUUUCUGGUUACCUAUCUGUGCAACAUGCUGGCCACAUUGAUUGUGGUACCCGAUAGUCCAGAGCAAGGUGUCCUGUACUUCCUUCGGCUGCUGCUGGACGUGGUCGGGAGGCAUGAGUUUAAAGCGGACAGCACUGCGCCAAGCAUCAUAUAUCUGCAUUGCCUGGAUAUGCUCUAUGUGCAGAGCCUGGAAAAGUUUCCCUAUCACAUUCGCGGAGUGGUUUCCAAUGACGACUUGUAUGGCCACGAUCCCAAGUUUUUGGCGGAAGUUAAUAAUAUGUGCGGCCAGGUUGUAGAUGCCAUCCUCGUCCAGCUCAAGUCCUUGGGAGUGGCCCAACAACAACGUUCCCAGGCGGAGCUAUCCCUGGAACUAUUUCUAAAGAUCGUUCGGUAUGCAGACUUGGAGAAGGAAAGCGUCGCUCAACUGGCCGUGAAUCUAUGGCUGCUGGCCAACAAGGCUCAGUCGCAGCUGGAUGUCAAGACUCUCCCCCAAACUUUGCGCAGUGUGGAGGUACUGUACAAGCAAGUAAAGGAUGCCUCACCCAAGCAGGCACAGGCUAUUGCCAACCUGCUAAUGCGCAUGCGCAACAGCUGAAAAACGAGCUUGUAGGAACUAAAGCUAGCUUUCCUAUGAUAUAUAUUCCUGUGUUUUGUGCAUGAAUCUUUUACGGAUUUAUGGCAUCAGUCUACCUUGAUUAUGUGUUCUUUUACACCAUUUGAUGAUAAAGUGUCAACAUCGUUUUGUAUUAUAAUUUCUGUGCAAUUACAAGUGUGUUUAAAUUUCGAGAUGCUUUUACAUAAAAAUAAAAACAAUUAUUUAA